AUGUUUGUUGGUGUCAACCACCAUAAGCAAACUAUUAUAUUUGGUGCUGCAUUAUUAUAUGAUGAGACAAUUCAAACUUUUACGUGGUUGUUUGAUACUUUUGUGAAGGCUAUGUCUGGAAAAAAGCCAAAGAGCAUUCUUACAGACCAAGAUGCUGCAAUGUCUACAGCAUUAGCUUUAAAAUGGCCAGAAACAUCUCAUCGUUUAUGUAUUUGGCACAUAUAUCAGAAUGCAGCCAAACACCUUAGCGGUGUUUUUGAGAAGUUCAAAGAUUUUAGCAAAGAUUUUAGUAGUUGCAUAUAUGAUUAUGAGGAUGAAGGUGAUUUUCUAAAUGCUUGGAAUAGUAUGCUUGAAAAAUAUACUCUUGUGGGCAAUGAUUGGUUGAGUCGCUUGUUUAAAAUAAGGGAGAAAUGGGCGUUAGUUUAUGGGCGACAAACUUUUUGUGCAGAUAUUACUACUACCCAGCGGAGUGAAAGCAUGAAUAGUUGUAUAAAAAAAUAUGUUAGUUACAAAUAUGACUUGCUCAGAUUUUUUCAACACUUCCAAAGGUUGGUUGAAGAUCGUCGUUACGAAGAGUUGAAAGCUGAAUUUAAAGCAAGUCAAAGUUCCCCAACAUUAUCAUUUCCUGUAGAAAUAUUGAAGCAUGCAGCAAAUGUGUAUACACCGAAAGUGUUUAAAGUGUUUCAAGAUGAGCUAUGUAAGGCUUAUGAUUGUGCUUUGCACUUCAAUGAUGAGAUGGGAACAAUUAGCAAGUAUGAAGUUAUCCCGUAUGGGAAGAAUUGGAAACAUACAGUUACAUUUGACUCAACAAAUAAUGUAACUUUAUGCAGUUGUAAGAAGUUUGAGUUUGCAGGAAUAUUAUGUGCACAUGCCUUGAAGGUUCUUUCUACAAGAAAUGUUAAAAGUAUCCCAGCUCAAUACAUCUUGAAGAGAUGGACAAAAAAUGUGAAGGCUAUGAGUGCAAAAAUUAAUUCCUCUUCAAGUACAAAUGACCCUAAGCUAGAAAUUGUAAGACGUUAUAGAGAGUUGUGUCGGUUGCAUACUCAAUUAGCAACAAGGGCAGCAGGGUGUGGUAAGGCGUAUGAAAUUGUUAUACAACAAUUGAACCAGACUUUUUAUGAGGUGGAUGCAUGUUUGAAAGAAAAAUCAAGUCAAGAAACGUUUGAAGUGAUCUCACCAGUAAUGAAUAGUAGAUCUGAGUUAAAUGAGUGUAUUAAUGUUGAUGAUGAUAUUAUUAAAGUUAGAGGAAUCAAAAUUAAAGAAAGAGUUGUUGGUAGUUCUAAAAGGCCAAAAAAUGCUUUGGAGAAGCUGACAAAGAAGAGAAGAACUCGAAAAACAGAAUUGCAACAUUCAAGCAGUGUUGAUUCAAUAUGUGUUCCUACUACAAAAGUUGUUCCAACACCUCUAUCAGAAUUUUCACAGGAACUUGUUGCUGUCAAUAAUUUAAGCAUGGAAUUUCCAGUUAGCAUGGUCAACUUGUUGCAAGUACUUCAUUGCAUUUAG